AUGGCGUCCGAUCCAUUCGACGACGUCUUCACCCUCGAAGACCGCUUCUACCGGCAAGGCUACCAGCAGGGCCUCGAGGAUGGCGAGGCCGCCGGGCGCGUCGAGGGGCGCCAGUUUGGCAUGAGCACCGGCUUUGACAAGUUUCUCGAGAGCGGUCGCCUUGCCAGCCGCGCCAUCGUCUGGGCAAACCGUCUCCCAUCAUCACAGAACACCACAUCUUCCAGCUCAGCUGCGGGCGCUUCAGCUGCGGCAGACACAGAACAACCCAAGCAGGCCUGCACGCUGCCGACAUUACCAGACAACGCGAGGCUUGGCAAGAAUAUCAAAAUGGUCUACGCCCUGGUCGAGCCGGAAACGUUAUCUACAUCCAAUGUGGACGAGGCUGUACAAGACUUUGACGACCGCUUUAAGCGUGCGCAGGGCAAAGCCAAGGUCGUCGAAAAGAUGAUUUGCUAA